GUAUCUUUACCUUCUUAAUUUAUUUGGAUCACUACGUUCAAUUCCACAUAGCUACUAACACAUGCGGUCCAAUGGCCUGCUCUCUUAAUUGUGAACACUCAAUCAUCUUUCGCUGUAAAACUCCUGUCGAAUUAGUAGGUUCAAUUCUAUACCAGUCAAAAUGCUUGAUUCUGGUAGGUUUUAUAAUAUUAAGUGGGACCGAAUUGUACGUUCGAAAUGCGCAAAAGCGUAAAUUCAAACUCGCGAAAGAUUCUGAGGCAUAGCCUGGACAGCCACUGAUUGCCCCGGACUAAGUUUGAGUCAUGCAUAUCUUCAAUUAAAGCAUGAACAGAACUCUUAGAGCUGCAACGAACAAAAACAUCCAAUAGCCCAUCAAGAAUCAAUACCUCACUACCAUCAAUGGUUUAAUCCAAGAGAGAACACUUCAACCAAAGUUCUGCCACAGACGCCCCCGAAGUUCGAUCGCCCCCAUCUACGCGCCAAAAUUAAAUAAUAUCUUCAAGUGCGCUCGAAACUCAAGGUCUCUCAUUUACACUUUCUCAUCUGCCCAGAGAUACUUGUAACACCUCAAUUUGUCAGACAUCAGAUCAAAUCAGGCUUGCCAAAACUGCAUCUGUGAGCCUCAUUUUUGCUGGCGCAGCUUGUGAGGUCGUCUAAGCUAUCCAACAUGGAGGAUGGAAAAGGUAAAGAGAAGCAUGAUUACAAUAAGAAUGCACAGGGACCACCAGAUCAUUACGGGGAUAGCGAAGGAGUUAUUGCCAAUGGCAACUGGCACGAGGCCGACAACGCUUCAAACGCUUCACAAGACCUCGAUUGGGAGAAGCCGCCCGCCUACGAGUUUCACGGGUCUGGUCCAAACAUCAAGACAAGUGUUGUUGCUCAAGAUGAUGGGAGAGUUGCCAUAAAUUUCAUUGCCACUGAGAAGAUACCCAUUCCAAUUCCAACAGAGCCAAAGUCUUAUACCCCACCCAAUAUAGCCAAUUCCAAAUCCCCGUUCUUGAACAUCGUGAUUCAAAUCGUGGGUAGCAGAGGCGACAUUCAACCAUUCAUAGCUUUGGGAAAUGCAUUACGAACAGCAGGUCAUCGCGUGAGAAUUGCAACCCACGAUGUCUUUCGAGAUUUUGUCAAAGCAACCGGCUUAGAGUUUUUUCCUAUUGGUGGAGACCCAGCAUCCCUCAUGGCCUACAUGGUCAAAAAUCCAGGAAUAAUCCCAAAGUUUGAAACAAUCAUGAGCGGCGAGAUCCCACAGAAACGCAAGAUGGUAUAUACCAUGCUUGAGGGCUGUUGGAGAUCCUGUAUUGAACCAGACUUGGAAACAAACAUACCGUUCGUUGCGGAAGCAAUAAUCGCCAACCCACCAAGUUUUGCCCAUAUACAUUGCGCAGAAGCUUUGGGUAUUCCUCUGCACUUAAUGUUCACGAUGCCUUGGAGUCCCACAAGAGCAUUUCCUCAUCCUUUGGCCAAUAUUGAACGAUCAGAUGCAGAUUUACGGACCACGAACUACUUAUCCUAUGCGCUUGUGGAGAUCAUGACUUGGCAGGGACUUUCGGAUGUUAUAAACCUGUGGCGCAAAAAGUCAUUGAGUCUCGAACGAAUACCAAUGACGACAGGCCCUCUACUUUGUGACACCCUUCAAAUCCCUUUCACCUACUGUUGGUCACCUGCAUUUGUCCCAAAACCAGCGGACUGGCCAAAUUAUCUAGACGUGUGCGGUUUCUUCUUCAGAGAAGAACCAGAUUAUACACCUGAUUCAGAAUUGGCAAAUUUCUUGAGAGAUGGUCCACCUCCCGUAUAUAUUGGUUUCGGUAGCAUUGUUAUUGACAGCCCAGAGAAGUUGACCAAUAUUCUGAUUAAGGCGGUUCGAGCUUGCGGAACAAGAGCGAUUAUCUCCCGUGGUUGGAGUAAGCUCGGUUCUGCCUUGGGCGAGCAUGCCAACCCAGACAUUCUUUUUCUAGGCGAUUGCCCUCACGAAUGGCUCUUCAAGCACGUAUCUUGCGUUGUACAUCAUGGUGGUGCUGGGACUACAGCAUGCGGUCUUCUCAACGGACGCCCGACAGCUAUUGUGCCAUUCUUUGGCGACCAAGCAUUCUGGGGGCAAAUGAUUGCCGCAGCAGGCGCGGGACCUCUUCCUCUCCACCACAAUUCCCUUGACCAUGAAAAUCUCACUCAAGCAAUUCAGUACUGUUUAACACCCGCGGCAAUGAGUGCUGCCGCCGAAAUUUCAGAGAGAAUGAGACAAGAAAGUGGCGUUCAGAGAGCCGUCCAAUCCUUCCACACAAAUCUCCCAGUAGAUGCCCUUCGCUGCGAUAUUCUUUCCAAUCAAGCCGCUGUAUGGCAAUAUAGUAGCAAGAGCAAGAAGGGUCCUAAAAGGUCCGCCAAGCUAUCCGAUGAAGCUGCUUUCAUACUUGUAGAGCACAAGAAAAUUGACCCAAAGCUUUUGAAGCUUUACCAACCCAAACCAGUGUCUAUCGAUAAUUUACGCUGGGAUCCUGUAUCGGCAGGAACCCAUGUUCUUCUCAGCACUAUGACCAACUUCACCCUCGGCUUUAGCGAGGUCUUCACCGGGCCUGCGAAAGCAUUUCAAAGCAAAGAGAAUGGCGGAGGUGGUAAAGAAGCAGCUAAGACUUUCGGAAAGGGAUUUGGGAAGAUGGUAGGCGUUCUUCCGAAAGCCACACUGGUAGACUUCCCGUUAGCUUUGACGGAGGGUCUGCAUCAUAUGCCUAGGCUGUAUGGUGAAGAAGUGAGGGAUCAUGGCAAGGUUAAGGAUUGGAGAAGUGGUGGUAUUGUAGCUGGGAAGAAUUUUGGCUACGGAUUUAUGGAUGGCCUAUCCGGCACAAUCACCAAGCCAUACAAAGGUGCGAAAGAAGGCGGUUGGGCCGGAUUCGGAAAGGGGGUAGCGAAAGGAGCAAUGGGCUUAGUCACUGGACCUGGAUCGGGGAUGUUUGGUCUCUUUGCGUACCCGUUUCUAGGAAUGUAUAAAUCCAUUGCUACGUCUUCACUGUCGCCAACAGAGAAGAAAAUUAUACUGGCGAGGCAAGUGUAUGGGAGCUAUAUGGCAACGGAGAGGGAGAGGAUCAAAGAGGGUGGGAGCAGUGGGGAGGAGGUGAGGGUGCUGGUAGAAUGGGAAAGGUUGAAAGUUGAUGUGUGAGUUUGAGAUUAUGGGAAGAGAGCAGGAAAGUGGAGAGUGGGGACUUUUCAUGCUUGUGUGGGCAGGUCAAGGCAGGGUACUGUGAUAUGGACGCUUGGAUUACUUAGUGCAGUGAUUGCCAUUCUAGCAGUUGCUUUGAUGAGUGGCAGGUUUUAGGCAAAGAUGAAAAGAAGGGAGGUGUUGGAAAUUCAGUGACACCCACAGCUAGCUGUUAGAGAAAUUUUGCAUAUCACCCAGUAAUUCAAUCAAGGAUUCGUUGGUGUACACGGCGGUUGACUACACAAUAUUACUGUAUCGAGACCAGGGGCUGGAAUGGUAUCUUAGUUCUAAGACAGCCUGUUUAUAAUGUGGACAAUAGUAUACUAUAAUAAAACAAACA